GCAUUUGGUUUAAUUUAAUCUUUAAUAUUAUAAGACAAACAAUUCUGAAAUUUCUUAUAUAUAUCAAUAUCAUGCUACUUGGUUGAAACACACGUUAGAGAAUCAUGAUAAAGGAAUUCAAAACCCAAGCAACACUAAAUGUAGGGCUGGAGAUCUUAUGGGCAGCUCUGGCCAAGGAUUUCAUGAUAAUUGGUCCAAAGGUUAUACCAAAUAUUGUGAAAGAUGUGCAACUAAUUGAUGGGGAUGGAGGAGUUGGGACAACCCUCAUCUUUAAUUUUUUUCCUGGUGUAUCUCCUAUAAAUUAUCAGAGGGAGAGGAUUGCUGAGUUUGAUGAGUUAACCCAUGAAAUUGGGCUGGAAGUGAUUGAAGGAGGCUAUUUGAGUCAAGGCUUGUCAUUCUACCAAACAAAUUUUCAAUUAUCUCAAAUAGAAGAGGAUAAGACUCUGGUCAACGUGAAGAUUUCUUACGAUCAUGAAUCCGAGAUAGAAGAAAGAGUCAAACCAACAAAGACAUCACAGUCCACUUUAUUCUAUCUUGAUCGCUUAGAAAAGUAUCUACUCCAUGGUGCGCUUGAAGAUAAUGUUUGACAUAUCAAUUAUAUGGGUGGGGCUAGUAAUUCUACUUUGGUGAUGAUUUUUUUUUUUCUAAUAAAAUGUAACCGCAAAACUCAUAUAUUAAUUGUUGGAAAGUAUGAGAUUGUGAAAUUUAUGUAUAUUCAUUGUUGGGAAGUGUGAGAUUUCAAAUUUAAAAUAAACCCCAACAUAUUAAAUUUCGGUAGCUAUUAUAUGAAUUGUAUUUACGAUACCAAA